AAAGCCUCUCUUCUUUCUCGUCACCCUCUCCCCUCUUUUUAAAAAACAACCCAGCGAGUUACAAAACAAAGAUUCACUCGUUGCUGAAGACUACCGUAGUGGUACGGUAGAUAGUGUUAACCAUGAAGCUAUUCAUGAGCGCCUUGGUGCUCCUCUGUGCCAUCACCAACACCGUCGUCCACGCCCAAGCCGUCUGUAACGAUGUGGACAAUUGUCUGGAUUGUUUGUACAACAUUGAGUUGGGCUGUAGUUGGAUUGGUGGCGGCUGUGAGGCAUCGUGUCAGUUGAUUGCGGACGCGGCCUGUUACAAUCGCGAUAUUUUCCCGGAACUGACCGAAUGGGGGAUUUGUGCGGAAGCCGGAGCCGUGGCAUGCGACGACGCCGAACACAGCGAUAGUUGUGUUCACUGUUUGGAUGGUUCCGACUUGCAGUGCGUAUGGACUGCCGGACAGUGUCGGCCCGACUGUGACAUUGCCGAUGCCUCUUGUUGGACUGCAGAGACGUUUCCAGAACUGGACAGUGGCUUUGAUAUUUGCGUGGAAGCGGGGGAAGUGGAUAAUUCCUUUGAUGCCUGUCAAGGAUUUGGAGACGACUGUAUCAGCUGUCUUUCCAGUCGUCUGGACUGUGUCUUUAUCGGAGGCAACUGCGAACAAAGUUGCAAUGUUGUGGCUGAUGCUACCUGUUACAGUCAGACAACAUUUUCCGACUUGGUGGUAUCGGACAUUUGCGCCGCGGCAGUGGGUGGUGAGACGGAUUCGUGCAGUAGCUUUACCGACUGCAAUGGUUGCCUGAACAAUCAAGCUGGGCCAUGCGCCUGGUUGGGAGAUGAUACAUGUGUCUCUGAUUGUGCUGUGGACCCCACGUUCACCUGCUACAGUCCUCAAGUCAUUGACUUGCCCACGGAUGAAAUCUGUGGCUUGGCGGGAGAAGAAGGAGUUGAGACUGUCGACGUUGUUGUGGAGUUGGAUUGUGUUGACUUUACAUCUUGCAGUGAUUGUCUCAACAAUAAUGGACAGGCCGACUCUUGUGCUUGGUUUGGAGACAGCACCUGUGGUCUCCAGUGUGACGCCAAUGCUGACUUUACUUGCUACAGUCCUGAGGUCCUGCCCGAUCUUUCCCAACCUGCAAUUUGCGAAUUGGCUGGAGAAACAACCGCCGACACUGUGAACAUUGAGGUCGACGAUGAAGCCGUAGGAGCUCCACCACCGCCAGAGGGGGAUGUCGCUGCAGCUCCAGGGGUCGACGCGCCACCAGACCUCGAGGUCGCUGUUGCUCCAACACCGCCAGAGGUCGAAGACGAAGUAGGAGCAGCACCACCACCGCCAGAGGGGAAUGUCACUGGAGCGCCGCCACCACCAGAGGGGAAUGUCACUGGAGCUCCACCCCCGCCAGAUGUCGAGGAAGCUGGAGCUCCACCACCGCCAGAACCCGAGGCAGCUGGAGCUCCACCACCCCCCGAACCCGAGGCAGAAACAGCACCGUCGGCGGCACCUGUGGAAAACUCGUCCUCUCCUUCCAAAAGUACUUCUUCCUCUGCCUUCGCUGUCGUCCUCGCUGUCUCGGUACAAUUUGCUGUCAUGGCAGCUGCCUAACUUCAAAUAAUAUAGUUUUACUAGCUAUGAAGGAACUUGUGCAAUCGGUCCAGUUUGGCGGAUGGUGCUGGACCACUGAGGUGUCGGGCUACGGUAUGAAUGUUGCAACUGGCUGGCUGCUGGCGACUGUGGCUGCGUUGGUCCAGUGUCACAGCUUGGCCAGCCAACCACAGGAAGGUUCCCAUCCACCCUGCCAGAAAGACGAACGCAUUUCUGGAGAGCAUUUUUUUAAAUACACCUUUCAACUACCUUUCAC